AUGCCGCCACCACGCCCAGCUAUACAAGUCCCUUUGGACAAAGACUUGGCAAGGCUGAGUGCCACCCAUUUGUCCCUCGAGAUAGAGGCCACACCGCUCCCUGUAGGCUUUCACCAGCCCAAGUUUACGCUCUACGAUGGAAAAACCAAUCCAUACAUGUAUGUGAGCCACUUCCGGCAGGUUAUGGCUGGCUACAGGCAGAACGACGCACUUAUGUGCCUUAUCUUCCCAUCAAGUUUGGGUGAUUUGGGCCUGGGCUUGAAAUGGUUCGAGAAGUUGCGGGAGGAAAGUAUCAAAAGGUGGCAGCAGUUGGCGGAAGCGUUCGUAACCCGAUUCAAAACCAACACCAAAAUGCCGAAGGAAGUCGACUACCUUUUGAGCGUUAAGAUGGAGCCGGGCGACUCUGUCAAAGCAUACAACACCAAAUAUUGGGAAACCUUCAAUGAAAUCCUUGAUUGUCCGACCAACCUGGUAACCGCCCAAUACAAGUGCGGCCUCCCUGUCAGACAUAGACUGAGGGGCUCGCUCACCAUGAACCAAGCAACGACUAUGGAGCUAUUAAUGCAACAAAUCAACGAGCACAUCCGAGUAGACGAUGAUACUGCCGCGGCCACCGCAAAGACAAAUCUAGUGACAACAGACAAAAGAGUGGCUGGAAAGGUUCACGCAGUCGGACAUGAGGCAAACCGUCCGAGUAACAGCGAAAGAGAGUCAGAUCGCGGUGCAGACCACAACAACCGGGGUAAGGGUCAUCGCAAUGACCGAGCUGAUUACCUUCGUGACGCCGCGGAAGAUGCGAUGAGAAAGUUGAACACCCGAACAGGUAUCACCAUAGUUUUCAAGAUCCCAAUCUACCGCAUCUUUAGCGAAAUCCGUGACGAGAUGUACGUCCAGUUUUUGACUAAAUUGGGCGACGCACAGAGGGGUUUCAAUCCACGGUAUCACUGCACCUUUCAUGGUGAGUGA